GCCGGCGGCCGCGCGGCCAUUGGCUGCCGUGCCCUGGCCGCUUUGUGCCGCCCCUCACUAUUGGCCGCGGCCGCGGGUGCUGCCGUAAGCGCGGUGGCCAUUGGUGGCGGUGCAGCAUGGCGGGCGUGGGCGGCUCCUGGCGGCCGCCGCGGUCGUGCGAGGACUACUGGGGAGAGUGGAAGCAUUGCCGCGGGCUGCUCCACGCCUUCCACCACUACUACGCGCACGGGGAGCUGCCGGAUUGCGGCCGCUGGCGGGAGGACUACGAGGCCUGCCGCGCCUGGGAGAGGGACGGCGCCGCCGCCGCGCAGGAAGCUUUGUGCAGGAGUGAAAGAGCUCGAGUUAUGGAGAAACAGAAAUAUGCUCCAGUGUGGAAGCUCAGGAAGAGCCCACCACCUGACUGGUAUCUACCACUUGACCAUGACAAAUCAAAUUAACAAGACUGAUUUCUGUGUUUGGUUAGUAACAUAAUAUACAAUUCAGAAUUA